UUCUAAGCACCCCGCCCGUCUUUUCCCCGUCGCUAGCCCUUCUUGAGCUCAAAAGUUUGCAGCCAGCUGCUGUCUCUCUGUUCUGUCCUAGGAACCGAUGAUGUGGCGACCAUCACUUCUGCUGCUUCUGUGGCUGCUGAGACAAGGAGCCCAGGGGAAGCCAUCCCCGGACGCAGGCCCUCAUGGCCAGGGGAGGGUGCACCAGACGGCACCCCUGAGCGAGGCCCCACACGAUGACGCCCACGGGAACUUCCAGUACGACCAUGAGGCUUUCCUGGGACGGGAUGUGGCCAAGGAAUUCGACCAGCUCAGCCCAGAGGAAAGCCAGGCUCGUCUAGGGCGGAUCGUGGACCGCAUGGACCGCGCCGGGGACGGCGACGGCUGGGUGUCGCUGGCCGAGCUUCGUGCGUGGAUCGCGCACACGCAGCAGCGGCACAUACGGGACUCGGUGAGCGCGGCCUGGGACACGUACGACACGGACCGCGACGGUCGUGUGGGUUGGGAAGAACUGCGCAACGCCACCUAUGGCCACUACGCGCCCGGUGAAGAGUUUCACGAUGUGGAGGAUGCAGAGACCUACAAGAAGAUGCUGGCUCGAGAUGAGCGGCGUUUCCGGGUGGCUGACCAGGAUGGGGACUCGAUGGCCACUCGGGAGGAGCUAACAGCCUUCCUGCACCCUGAGGAGUUCCCCCACAUGCGGGACAUUGUGAUUGCUGAAACCCUGGAGGACCUAGACAAGAACAGAGAUGGCUAUGUCCAGGUGGAGGAGUACAUUGCGGAUCUGUACUCUGAGGAGCCUGGGGAAGAGGAGCCAGCCUGGGUGCAGACUGAGCGGCAGCAGUUCCAGGACUUCCGGGACCUGAACAAGGAUGGGCGACUGGAUGGGAAAGAGGUUGGCCACUGGGUGCUACCUCCCUCCCAGGACCAGCCCCUGGUGGAGGCCAACCACCUGCUACAGGAGAGCGACAUAGACAAGGAUGGGCGUCUGAGCAAAGCUGAGAUACUGGGCAACUGGAACAUGUUCGUGGGCAGCCAGGCCACCAACUAUGGCGAGGACCUGACACGACACCAUGAUGAGCUCUGAGCUCCCCAUGCCCCUUCCAGCCUCAUAACCCAUUGGAUGACCCAAGGAGGGGCCACAGUGGCCAGGCCCCCCUCCCUGCCUGUCCAGGCACUGUAGGAUGGGGAUGUAGAUCACAACAUCUCCAUGCCCCUGGACCCUCAGGAAUUACCUGGGUCAGUUUCUCUUACAGAGACACUCCAGCCCUCCCCAUCUUCUCACAGCCCAGGAGGGUGAGUGACACUAAUUUCACAAUGGCAGAAUCUCUCAGCACAGACCCAGGCCCCUCACCCUGAGCUCAACCUCCAGCAACCUCCACAAAUAUCCCUACUUCACAACUGAACCUGCCUCACACAGACUGAGAAACUCCCAGCCCAGCCCUGUCCUGCUCAGCCUGCCCCAAAAUGCCUCUCCCUGCCAGGGAGGCAAUAAACCCAGUGCUGGGCUUCA